AUCGACUAUACUCUCCAAAACCCUUUUACACUGAUCAAAGUUGCCAUGUACGGUCACAGUAACCAUUCGUUGAUCCGCUACGACACGCCGGACUUCCUAUUCCCGACACUCGCCGCCGCCGCGCCAAUGCCAAAUUUCGAGUCGCCGCCGCCUCUUGAAGCACGGGCAGGCAGCAAUGAGUUGGAGGCGAUGGCGGCGGCGCCGCGGAAGUCAGAGGUGGGUCACGGGUAUGGCAGCUGCGGGUCUCCCAGUUACUCGGCUCCGUCGACGCCGGGUUUGAUGCAGCGGAGCGUGAGCACCCACUCGCUUCGUCAGAAGAACAAUAAUACUGGCACUGGGUUUAGCCGGAAUAUGCUUCCGACUUUGCCAGCUGUGUUCUUGGGCUCUGGGACUUCCCCAGUGAAAAGGGUUUGCAGUACAGGUGACUUGGAGAAGCUGAAGAUGGUGCAACAGUACCACCAGAGAUCAUCUGAGAGCCCAUUAUCGAACGAAAACAACUAUACUAUCAUAGAAGGAAUGAACAAAGCCUGUCGCUACGGCCCUGAGGAGAAGAAGGAGAGGAUUGAGAGAUACAGAAGCAAGAGAAACCGAAGAAACUUCAACAAGAAGAUCAAGUAUGCAUGUAGGAAGACUUUGGCCGACAACAGGCCACGCGUCAGAGGUCGAUUCGCGAGGAACAAAGAGAUCGAGGGGAGCUCUCUGCAGAAGCAGCAGUACUGCUGGAGCAGCCAUGGUGGGUCUGGGUGUGUGGAGGAGGAAAACGAUGAAGAAGAAGAAGAAGAAGAAGAUGAAGACAACUGGGUCAACUUUCUCCAGUACUCGUUUUCGGCAAAUGCCUAGCUAAUUAAUAGGUUCCACUAAUUAAUCUGGAUGCAUGCUCUAGCAAAGUGUGGUAAGCUUGGGCUUUUGUCUUUGUUGGUUAAAAGUGUGAUAAACUUGGGCUUUGUCUUGUUGGUCUCUCGCACCCAGUAAACUCAUCCGGACACAUAAUAAUUUAUAAAUUAUGUGCAUCAUGUAAAUAUAUAAAAAUCCGUGUGUAAAUAAUUAUUAUAAACUCUUACCAGCAGAAGAGUUGAAGCAGUGGAGAUAUUUUAGA